CUCUUUGAUCUGCUAACAAUGUCACACGCAUCCAUACAAAUCGCAAUACGGCAACAUGGAAAUUUGAAAGAACUUAUCGAAAAGUAUCCAAGUCAAGCAUCAAGUGUUUGUCAAACUUUACUCGAUCUAACAUAUGCAUCAAGAUGGCAACAUUUACGUUUGAUCGAUAUGCAAACGCAGCUUAGAUCUCAGCAAGAUGAUGAGAAUGCAAGUGAUGCGGAUACCCUUAUAUGCGGCUUACGACCGGAGGCAAAAGGUUUGGAAGUAGUCUGGUGUUGUGGAAUGACAGAUAUCCUACAAACAGCAAGGUUUAAGCAGAUCUUUGCCUUUCUUGAUACACUGGAUUUGCACGUUUCAGACAAUGACGGGAAGGAGGUGCCGUUACUAAAAGACCACUUCCUCCUCUCCGUACACGCUUCUGAUGCAACAGUCGUCUACUACAACAUAGCCAGAGGACUGGUCAAGCCGAUCAAUUAAUUCAUCUCACGAACCUCUGACCGUUGUAUUCUAAUCGCACCCUUGUACACUACAGCAUCACUAAAGGACUUUUUUGUAAUGUAAACUAUCGUUGAAAACAUAAUUCUAAAUAC